AUGACCUUUGAGUUAGGAGGAAAACGGGUGAUGUUGCAGGGGGAUCCUAGUUUGAGCAAGGCUCUAGUUUCAUCGAAGUCAAUGGUGAAGACCAUUUCAAUAAGAGAGAGAAGGAUUGUUGUUGGAAAUAUGCCAUGUUUCGGCCUUAGAAUAGGCGAGAGGACGGUUAAAUUGCUCCCGAGGCCACCAUUACAUUUGAAAUCAACCAAGAUCAACAGUACUGCGAAGGUAAUUGCCAUACUUAAGGAAGAUCCGAAUGCAAAACCGGGAUGGACCCUUCAUCAUGGACGAUUCGUGCUUAUAAGGGACGGAUGGCAAUCUCUGUCAACUCUUCUCUUAAGGUCGGCCUCUUAG